AUGCGCCGUCGCUCCUCCAUCGCACUCCCCUCCUUCGGCGUCAGGCGCGGCUCCAAUGCCAGCACCUCGUCGUCCGUCAAGGACGAGAUCGUCCGCGACAUAUUCCACGUCGGUCUCGUCAACUUGGGCAACUCCUGCUUCUACAACACGAUUGUCCAGUCACUCUCCGCCACUCAGCCGCUCAGCGACAUCAUCAAUGCGGCGCCCGAUUCCUCUCCUGCCCUCCAAGUCCUCUCCCCCUCCUCUCCCGCCUACAACCCGGACCUCGACGCGCUCCCCUCGCCCCUGCCUAUGACAGCCGCCCUCCUCGUCCUGCUCGACAAGCUCGACCCGACAGGCAAAGACGAGGACGCGAAACCGAAGGGCAAGAAGGCGUUCAACCCGAAGAGCUUGCUCAGGCAGCUUAGCUUGAAGCACGAGGAGUAUGCGGAAGCGACGCAGCAGGAUUCGCAUGAGCUGCUGAGGCAUGUGAUUGAUGGAGUCAUGAUGGAGGAACAGGAUCUCAUCAAGAAGAUCCUCGAAGCGACUCCCGAUACCCUCCCUCACCGCCCAUCGAUGCACGAACGCCUCGAAACCGUCCGCCCAUCCGACCACUCCACACCCAUUCCCGACCAAGCCAUCGUCUCCGAGUCCGAAGAAGACUCGGGCGACGAGUCUGACGCGUCUUCUGCGUCGAGCUCGUCGUCGAGCAGCAGCGAUGCGGAGUCGGAUGUCGAGGAGACGAGGUUGACGGAAAGGCAGCGGAAGAAACGCACGUUGAGACCGUUCGUGGGGAGCAUCUUCGAGGGCAAGCUUGCGAGCUUUAUUAUCUGCGACGAGUGCAAGAAUGUCUCGCUCACGAAGGAGGACUUCAUGGACAUCUCGCUCUCGCUGAAGGACGAGACGACGAACCGCAUGCGCAAGCGCGACCGGAUCCGUCGUACCCUUCAAGCCGGCUUCUUCUCCCGCAAGUCGGGCAAGUCGACUGCAAGCUCAGGCGACGACAGCAGCUCGAAAGAGCCCCCUUCGAUCAAGACCGCACCGAACGGCAUCCGUCGCGAGCGUGUCUCGCUCAGCGAAAACGAGGGGAGUGCGUCUCCUUCCGAGGCGGACGAGACGGAUGAGGACCACAUCCGUCCGAGGAUGGACAGGACGGCGGGAGGUGGAGCGAGGUCGAGGCGGAACUCGCUUGACCCGUCGAGGUUGUCGCGUGAGACGGCGAGGGACGCGUCGCUGCAAGUACCGGGCGAGCGGAGCGCCGAGACGAGGACCAGCUCGCGCGAUGCGUCGCCGCUUGGACGGGCGCUUUCGAUGUUGAGUAACGGGUCGGGCGAGAAGGACGCGCAGCACUCGUCCUCCUCGCACCACGCCCACCACCACCAUUUCCACUUCCACCGCCGGCCCAAGAUCCCAAAGCCUACGCCUGAGCAGGUCGCGUACAUCAAGAAGGUUCUUGUCGACAUCCCCGGCCCCACGGCCACCCAGGGUCUCCCGCCUGGUCUUCGCGUCGCCCGUCCUCCCGGCUCUUCUGCGCCUCCCGCCGUCCCAGCACCGACCGGCACUCCCGCCCACUCGCAGGACUCGAUCAGCUCAACCACAUCGUCGCUGUCGAAGCUGCGCAUCGCCGCUCCCGCCGUUGACUGGCAGAACACGGACCUGUUCGAGUGCUUCAGGCAGUUUACGAGCGUCGAGGUGCUCGAGGGGGAGAACUCGUUUGCGUGCAGGAACUGCUGGAAGUGGUUGAACCCGGAUUUGGAGGCCAAGCGGAAGGAGCAGCGGGCGAGGAAGAAGCGCGAGAGGGAGGAGCGGAGGAGGGCGAGGAGGGCGGCGAAGAAGGGACUCGUUGCCGGCGACAGUCACGCUGCGGGUCAGAAUGGUCACGCGCUCGCCGGCGAAGACGAGGACAGCGAUGACGAGCGCGACCCGGCCGAUGUCACGGCGCGCAACACGCCAGCUCACUCGCCCAAGGCGGUCCCGGCUUUCGCCCCGCUCGAGGAGAUCCCACCCAUCCAGCCGAUUGAGGCAGCCGUCCCAGCCUCUUCGACGAACGGCACUUCGAUUCCUCCCGUCUCUCCGACGACCACUACCGCCAAGUCGGGGGCUCCGAUGCGCUCGUUCUCCAUCUCGUCUGCCGCGACUUCGAACGCCGUCUCCAUCUCGACAGACUACGAGGGUGGCAUCUCGUCUGAAGCGUUCGAGACGACUACAGACGAGGAGGACAACACAUCGCCCGGCCUCGAUGACGCCGCAAGUCUGAGCGGCAGUCUCGGCGCAUUGCCCAGCACGGAGGGCAAGAAGCUGCCCCUUACGGUCGAGAACGUCCAGGCUGUCGCUGCGGCAUCGACCGCACCGUCUACUGGCUCGCUUGCGGUCCCGCAGAACGAGCGUCCUGGUGGACUCGCCGCCUCGCCUGCCCCGUCGUCCGCCGCUUCUCUCGCGCCUCCGCCUCCGCCCGCUGGCUCGGGCGCGUCGCCAUCCCUCCAGCCGCUCCACGGCCACUCGCGCCCGACCAAGCCUCCGCCCAAGAAGCAGCGGCAGAUCCUCCGCCGCGCACACAAGCGCUACCUCAUCUCGCCCACCGACCUCCCCCCGGUCCUCGUCAUCCACCUCAAGCGCUUCAUGCAGACGUCUAAGUCGUCCCUCUUCGGCUCUGCCUUUGUCAACCUCAAGAAACGCGACGACCCGGUCUCGUUCCCGAAGGAGAUGGACUUGACGCCCUUCUUGGCACCGGCGGGUAAGCCGCCGCGUGUCAGCCCGAAUGCGUUUGGGUCGGCCGAGGCGGAGGAGGAGAGGAGGAGUCGUAAGACCAGUAGAAAUGGAGGAGUUGACAGGCCGGACUCGAGCGGGACGGAGGUCAGCGAUGCGAUUCAGGUCGAGAAGGAGGUUCACAAUGCGCGGUACAGGCUGUACGCGGUGGUCGUCCACCACGGCACGAUCGAUACCGGUCACUACGCGUCGUACGUUCUCUCGAACCGGCACGGCAAGGCGAGCGAGCGCAAGUGGUUGUUCUGCUCGGACGAAGAGGUGCUCGCCGCGACCGAGGCCGAGGUCCUGCGGAGCAAAGCGUACAUGCUCUUCUACGAGCGCGUUACCCCGGAGCAGCCCUCGAACGGCGCCUCCGCCUCGCAGCCUCCUCCCGCCCCGUCCAGCACGGCCAACGCGCUCGGCGUCGCGGGCGACUCCUCGAACGGCGACGGUGCACCUCAGCCCGUCGCGCUGCCCGAUUUGACGGAGGAGCCGGCUCCCUUGUCGCACCCGUCGCCAACGACUGUCGCCUCGCCGCCUCCCGCCGCCGCCGCUGCCUGA